UAAGUACCGCGAUACCUUGAUGUGACGUCAUGAACAAUCGACGGCAGGGUUGUUUUUGAACGGGAUGUUUCUAAUUUUAUAAAUAGUAUUUUUCAACAAUGAAUUGGGAGUGGGUUUGUUUACAUUCCUGAAUACGAUGGCCAAUCAAAGAGCGCUCCCUCAAAGCAAGGAGAGCCUUCUUCAGAACUACAACAAAAGACUGAAGGAUGAUAUCAGGUCCAUUCUAGACAACCUCACAGAAAUCAUCAAAACUGCAAAGGUAGAGGAUGAGACACAGGUCUCUCGGGCUACACAGGCUGAGCAGGACCACUAUGAGAUGCAUGUCAGAGCAGCCAACAUCGUGCGUGCGGGCGAGUCCCUGAUGAAGCUGGUGUCGGACCUGAAGCAGUUCUUGAUCCUCAAUGACUUCCCGUCGGUCAAUGAGGCCAUCAGUCUGCAGAACCAGCAGCUGCGCUCGCUGCAGGAGGAGUGCGACAAGAAGCUCACUUCGCUCCGCGACGAGAUCGCCAUCGACCUGUACGAGCUAGAGGAAGAAUAUUACUCCUCCAGGUACAAGUAGGCUCAUACUGUACAGUUGUUGUUCAGUUGGCCCACUCCAUCAUGCCCUAUAGCCCAAACCUAGCCCCUACAUUAUAGCACUUAUUCCCCCUCACCGCCGUGCCUUAUGAAGGGUUGAUCUUACCCCACCACCUCAGUCAUAUCCAUUAGUUCGUUAGUGUCUCUGUAUGUCGAGUCAACUUCAUUAGAAUAUCCAAAUGCCGGGUUCAACAGCAAAAUAGAUAGUUGAUCUAUCUAUGGUCAAAAAUCAAUUGCAGUACAUUUAUCGUGAGAAUCUCAUUUCAUUUGGUUGAAAAUUUAAUGAAGUGCCUUGUUUGUCAUGCCUCUGGAGGUUUUUAUCCUUAUGUAUGAUAGAUUCUAGGUCUCUACAUGGUAAAUGUUACAAUCAAUCAUACGUGUGGAGUAUUUAGUGUAUCUGUUUGCUAUAUUCUUCCUCAGUUCUUUGUAAUAGGCUCAAAUGGAAGUGAUGAAUAAGAUAACAUACCUGGAGAGGAAGGAAAGGGAAAUGUCUGACAAAUACAUGUUAAAUGCUUUUUAGCAUAAUUCUUGGACCCUUAUGAAGAACAAAAACUUUGAUACUAUCACUGGAAGUUUAUUUCUAUUCAGUAUAUUCAAUUGUUAUAGUUUUUCCUCCUUUAACAUGUCUUUCUAACCCCAAAUAUAAAUUGUGGAUGUAUAGGUCAAUUAACCAUUGUAUAAUCACACAAGGCAUUUUAAGCUUUCUAUGUUAUUUAUUUUCUAUAGAAUGGUUUUUGACUGGAAAGUGCUAGACAUCUCUCAAAUCCAAACUCUAUGAGGGUUCCAGAAACUUGUGUGAACAGAAUCCAGUGUUGUAUCUCUACCGAUUCCGUCCCUAGCUAGCCUACAAGUGACCAAGCCAGUAACCGUGCAAACUGUGUUCACAAAGCAUGCACUGUUACACAAAGAUCAACUAUGGCAAUAUGUAUUAAGUCUAUGUCAGUCACCUGCAUAGACCCACCCUUUUUAAACAUUGAAAAAUAAACUAGAGACAAAACAA